CUUUUCCUUAAUUCUCCGGAUUUUGGAAUUGGAAACCGUUUAGAAGGAAAUCCAUGCCAUUCUAAAUUUUGAAAAGAGUUCUAUUUAAAUUCAGCUACUAUAUGUUUCUUUGUACCUGGCAUUUCCCCCAUUUCAUUCGUUCUUCUUUACUUGAUUUACCCUAUAUCAACUAACCUCAAAUUAAAUCCUUUUGGAAUUCACUUUCUUUCUUUAUUUUCUCUUUUUUUUUUGUUUUCUCAGAAAAUUGGUCAAGAAUCUUGUUCGGACUCAAUUUCUUUUUGCAGGCUGAGAUAGCAUCCGAAUAUCUUUUACAAUUACUUCAAAUACUCGCCAAUUCUUACUAGCUCCGCUUUAAAGGUUGGGAACUACUUUUUUUUUUGUGCGCGGCUGCUGCUUUCCGUAUUUGUAUACAAGGAUUGUAUAUUUAUCAAAGCUUUCUUAGGAAACUUUCCUGUCUAUCUUUCUUUUUGUUUUUUUUUAUCUCUUUUAUUUUUAAUUAAAACACAUCCUUCUCUUUUGGAAUGUUUUGUAUUUUUUGACGGUCAAUUUUUUUAACACUUAAUAUUUUCAUUGCUUUAUGAUCAUUCUCUGAAACCUGCCUAUUUAUCAAUUGCUAUUCUGGUUACGUUCUUAACGCUUGUUCAGUUUAUUUUAAUUUGUUUUGUUUUGCCCCUCUUCUUUUAUUUUAUCUCUAUAUGUCAAAUUAUUCUAAUAACCCGUUUUUUAGCCUGCAGACGGCAAACGAUGAUUUAAAAUCAUCUAUACCACCUCAGAAUGGUCAUCCACCUGGGAUAUCUUCGAUAAGCUAUAAUCCGAACUCUGUUCCUUACGCUGAUUUAUAUCCUCAAAGAUCGAAUACCGCAUCGAAUUCAUACAAUCACUCGAAGUAUCAUGCUUCUGGAAAAGAAAAUCAAAAUGUGUUGAAUGCUCCUUCAUCUAAAUCCCAUAGGCCUACACGUCCAUACAUCCCAUCGUACACUCGUUUAACAUACACUGUUCCCCCUUUACCUUUACCUCCUCCUUCCGAAUGCUCUCUUGAGGCUUUAACAGGUAGAAAACCUUCCGCUGUACCCUCUUAUGAAGAUUCUAAUCAGUUUUAUUUCCCUAUGGAUGAUGGCCGAAAACCCCCUUACUCAUACGCCAUGCUUAUUGGAAUGUCCAUCCUCUGCUCACCUGAAAGACGACUUACUUUGAGUGCCAUCUAUGAUUGGAUCAGUGGGACGUUUUCGUUCUAUAGUAAAUCCAAUAACGGCUGGCAAAACUCGGUUCGUCACAACCUUAGUCUCAACAAGGCUUUUAUGAAAGUUGAACGAUCCAAGAAUCUCCCAGGGAAAGGUCACUUUUGGGCUAUACGUCCUGGUUAUGAGGACCAAUUUCAGAAAUUGAGACUCAGAAAGUCUUGCGUUAACCCUCGACCAGCUCCACCCAUAUUUGAAGGUAAUGCGUUAAUCUCUUCUUCUGUUCCAAAUUAUACUGCUUCACUACCUAAAUCACAAGACGGAAAUUCGUUUAAUCAGUAUAGAGCUCCUUCUGUUGGACCCGCGCGAAGGUACGUGCAAUCAAGGGAGAUUAGCGCAACAGAUCGAAAUGCUUUUACUGAAUAUCCGCGCUUUUGGAAUCCUCGACAAACGAAAGUUACUGAUAAUGAUCCAUCCGAAUUGGAAACAAAGUUUUCCGAUUUGGGUGUUUCGCCUAUAAUGAGUACUGGCUCUCCUCAGUCAGCUGUUCAAUCACCGACACCACCUGUGUCUUCCCCUGAUUCAAGUGAAUCCUAUCGUUUAAAUACUUUGGACAAUAAAACUGAAAUAUCGAUUAACGAGAAUGAGUUGAGGACUCCUAACAAGGUUCGAGCUUCAUCUUUGGCACUUGAAGAAACGGUGGGACCUAUUUACCACACUUUGGAUACGAAUACUAAUGCAUCCCAUAACGAAAAUUACGUGGAUGAAUUGGACACACGAGAGGUAAGCACUUUAGCCUCUGAAAAAGAAGAUCUAGAUCCUCCUUCAUCGCUUCCUGCCUCUCCGACUCAUAAGUCUCGCAUUAUAAAGCCAACAAAACGAUCUGUUUCCAUUGAUCUUCCUACUCCGCCUCGUACGUUGUGCCCAAGAGCCCUUUCCAUUUCUGAUGAUAUGUCUAAUAAUGAUUUUAAUAAGUCUUCCCUGCUAUCCCCUAUAAAGUUCGAUUCAAACACACAGUUUGCUAGUCCAUCAACCAAUUUAAAGGAACAUCGAAACCGUAUUUUGCAGAUGCUUGCAACCCCUGAUGCAAAGCAGUUUAAUAAUAUUACAAACUCUACCGAAACAGACUCUUGGAAUUUCACUCCGUUUCGGCCUUCAUCUGCACCUAAUGACGAUAUUCUAUCCCACAGUUUGCAAUCAAUUCUAAAAAAUGACAGAUUUAAAUCUGAUUUGGAGAAGCUAAAAGAAAGCGAUUCUUCCUUUGUGGAAACUCCUACUAAGCCGCAAUGGGAUAAUAAUUUUGAUAUGUUUGAUGGCGAUUUUUUGGAAGCAAUGGAUAUGUUUAAUUGUGAUGCUAUGCCAUCUAAUGUCUUUAGCCCUAUAAAAGCUUCACCAAUAAAACGUGAGGUGCGACGAAAGCAUGUUCCUAGUAGUCUUGUGUUAACACGGGCAUCCAUUGCGCAGGAUGACAGUUAUCUACCGUCUCCUACAAAGCGAAAAAUGCCACAAUUGGGAAGACAAGCUUCAACUAUGUUUUAAAUCUUCAUAAAUUUUUAAUCACUGUUAAUUAAUACAUUUGAGUUACCCGGUUGUGGG